AUGGACGACCCGCAAGUACCAAUGACUGAGUUGGAACAGAUAAGGUUCAAAAUGAACCAAACGACGGAUGAGUCAUUGGAAGCGUCCCGUCGGAUGAUGGCUCUCUGUGAGGAAGCUAAAGAAGCAGGAAUCUCUACUUUAGUCAUGCUAGACGAUCAGGGCGAACAAUUGGAUCGAAUCAAUGAGGGCAUGGAUCAGAUUAAUCAAGACAUGAAAGACGCAGAAAAGAAUUUGGAUGAUUUAAACAAAUGUUGUGGCCUGUGUGUGUUGCCAUGGAAAAAAGUGAAGAAGAAGGAUGAUUACACAAAGCAGCUGAAAGAUGAAGACAUGCGGGGUGGCGGUGAUGGUCCUCGGAUCAUCGUUGAUCAGAACGGCAUGGGACCCACCGGCGGGUACAUUACUCGUAUUACUAACGAUGCUCGUGAAGAUGAGAUGGAUAACAAUCUACAAGAAGUAUCUGGUAUGAUCGGAAAUCUACGCAAUAUGGCGAUUGAUAUGGGAAGCGAGAUCAAUCAACAAAAUGCUCAGGUUGAGAGGAUACAAAUAAAGGCUCGUUCCAACGCUGAGCGCAUCAAAAAGGCAAACGAACAGGCCAGCAAACUACUAAAAUGA